AUGUGGUGGAAUGGGCCGAGCUUCCUUCGCUCGGUGCUGUACGAAGCUGAAGUUCCAGACCUUCCGAGUGACGACGAGAUUCCAGAAAUGAAGCCAACAGUGUCAGUCCACAUCGUGAUGAAGUUCGACGAGUUUCCGGUUCUGACGAAGUUCGAGUCCUUUCGUAAAACGCAGCGGAUUGUGGCGUAUGUUCUGCGGUUUCUGUCCAACUGUCGAAAGAAAAAGGAAGAUCGAGUUAUUACACCUUAUCCAACCAUUCCCGAGCUCCGAGGAGCAAUGAUGAAGAUUGUUGGUGCCGUCCAGGAGCAGGAAUUUUCCCGUGAAAUAGACAAAAUCAAGGCAGGUGAAAACAAUCAUCGACUUGUCAGCUUGAAUCCUUUUCUGGAUAACGGCUUACUACGAGUGGGUGGAAGAAUUCGACACGCUCAACUGCCCUAUAAAACCAAACACCAGCUGAUUUUACCUGACAAGAGUCCAGUAAUUCGGAGCCUACUUGUGGCAACUCAUCGUGAGAACAUGCACGUGGGUGUCUCCAGCGUGAUUACCAUCCUGAGGCAGCAAUUUUGGUUGCUGAACGCAAAGUCGACCGUUCGUAAAGUUGUUAGAAAUUGCGUCCAUUGCUUCCGACUCAGCCCAACUACGAUCGAUCAGCAGAUGGGAGAUCUUCCGUCCUACAGAGUAAACGAAGAACCAGUUUUCGCACAAGUAGGAGUCGAUUAUGCAGGACCUAUCUUUGUGAAGCAGACGGCUCGGAAGGCUACACCUGUUAAGAGUUACAUUUGCAUUUUCGUGUGCAUGGUGACCAAAGCCAUUCACCUUGAGGCAGUGGAGAAUCUUUCAACCGAGGCGUUCUUGGCGGCAUUCCAGCGGUUUGUGUCGCGAAAGGGUACUCCACACACAGUGUACAGCGACAACGGUACCAAUUUUAUUGGGGCCAAAUCAGAGUUGCAUGAGCUCUACGUGAUGUUCCAGACCGAAGCUACCCAGAAGAAACUAUUCGAGUUGUGCCAAACGAAGGAGAUUGCCUGGAGAACCAUUCCCCCUAGGUCCCCCCACUUUGGUGGCCUCUGGGAGGCAGGGGUGAAGAGCUUGAAGCGAUCCUAA